AUGAGUUUGACUACUGAUUUGAUGCAAUAUGUUCAAACUGUGGAUUACAUGGUUGUUACUUGCCGCUUUGUUGAUAAGGAUUUCAAGCUCCAAAAACGUGUCCUUGAUUUUUGUGAUGUCCCAGCACCUUAUACUGGAGUGGCUAUUGUUGAUGCGUUACAAACAUGUUUGGCUGAUUUGGACGUUGAGAGAAAAGUGUGGACAAUUACAGUUGCUAAUUCUUUUUACAGGGAUGUUGAUGUUAGAAUUCUAAAAGAAACACUUAGCUUUCAAGGUAGGCUUCCUUUUGCUGGAUAUGUGUUUCAUGUUAGAUGUUGUGCUCAUAUUGUCAAUACUUUGGUGCAAACUGGACUUAAGGAGAUUGGUCCAAUAAUUGAGAAUGUCAUAAACAAUGUUAAGUACAUUGCUGCUUCAGAGAGUCGAGUCAACAUGUUUUGGGAUGUUGCUAAAUAG